UGAGGAUUUCCGAUAUGACGGAUGCUAGCAGAUUAGAGGCUAUGUAGGUAGCCUCCUUCUGCCUAUGCCACGCACCGCCGCAUCUCAGUACGCACUGGGCUCCCCGUCCUCGUUGUGGGGGAUAAGAGCAAGCCGAUGUUUCUGAAACGCAUAGCAGCAUAGAGGUUUAAACGAUGGAUUUCAAUGUGAAAAAGCUGGCGUCGGAUGCGGGCGUCUUCUUCACCCGGGCCGUUCAGUUUACAGAGGAGAAGUUGGGCCAGGCGGAGAAGACCGAGCUUGACGCGCACCUUGAGAACCUGAUUGCUCGGGCAGACUGCACCAAGAACUGGACAGAGAAGAUCUUCAGACAGACCGAGAUUCUUCUGCAGCCCAACCCAAUUGACAGCACUGGUGCGCGUAUUGAAGAGUUCUUCUAUGAGAAAUUGGACAAGAAGAUCCCCAUGAGGACCACUAAUGGGGAGCUACUGGGCCAGUACAUGCUGGAUGCUGCUAAGGACUUCGGUCCCGGAACUCCGUAUGGGAGCACUCUUAUAACAGUCGGCGAGUACCAGAAGAAAUUGGGUGGGGCUGAGCGUGACUUUCUGCAGACGUCAGCCAUCAACUUCCUGACCCCUCUGCGCAACUUCCUGGAGGGAGACUGGAGGACCAUUUCUAAAGAGAAGCGACUCUUGGAGAACCGGCGUCUGGAUCUGGAUGUGUCCAAAGCUCGGCUCAAGAAGGCCAAGCUUGCUGAGGCCAAAGCUGCUGCUGCACCCGAUUUUCAGGAGACAAGGCCUCGCAAUUAUGUGCUCUCUGCCAGUGCAUCUGCGCUGUGGAGUGAGGAGGUGGACAAAGCCGAGCAUGAGUUGCGUGUAGCCCAGACAGAGUUUGACCGGCAGGCCGAGGUGACCCGGCUCCUCCUGGAGGGCAUCAGCAGCACCCAUGUGAACCACCUGCGCUGCCUGCAUGAGUUUGUGGAGGCCCAGGCCACAUAUUAUGCCCAGUGUCACAAGCAUAUGCAGGAACUCCAGAAGGAACUAAGAAGUGCGAAUGGGGACUCGAUUCCGAAUGCUUUCACCGGAAGCCCUUCCACUUCGGCUGUGUUGGCUGGCCCCUCUGGCCUGUCCAGCAGUUCCCUGCCUGGGGCCUCUCCCCCAGCCCAUCCCCCUGUGAGCAGUGGUCACAGUGGUCUGGAGGCCAGCACGCUGAAGAUUGAGGAGGUGCAGCCACCUGCUACAGGCACACGCAAGGCCAAGGUCCUGUACGACUACGACGCGGCCGACACCAGCGAGCUCUCCCUAUUGGCUGAUGAGCUCAUCACAGUGUACACAGUGCCUGGCAUGGAUCCUGACUGGCUGAUCGGAGAGCGAGGCAACCAGAAAGGCAAAGUACCGGUCACGUACCUGGAGCUGCUCAGUUAGACCUCAGGCUGGACCAAUCCAAAUACACACCAAGGACUCGCGUAUGUGUGUGUGUGUGUAUGUGUGUGUGUGUGUGUGUGUGUGUGUGUGUGUGUAUGUGUGUGUGUGUGUAUAAAUAAAUAUGCAGCACACACAGACUCACAAGGACAUAUUUAAACACACUUAUAUUUAUAAGGGCAUACAUUCCCACAGAGACACAUCUGAACUUACAUGUACUAUCCAUACACAAUAGAUACAAAUGCACACACAAAGACAAACAUUCUCAGAAACUCUCAUAGGCACUAGUAUGUUCUAGCUAAUAAAAACAGUUUUUGAGAUGCAAUUGAGGUUAAGCACAGGAAAAUGGUAGCAGACACAAAAGUCCUUUGACCCGGAAUGCAUGUGAAGUUUACCAAACUGAUCCGCUAGGGCAUCACACAUUUUCUUUCGUGACCCUUAAGUCUAUACUGAUUUACCCACGCAAACACACUCAAAAGUGUGAUUAAUGCAUAUUACAGUUAUGACCCUGGGCGUAUAACAUUGUGCUUGGACCCAUGAAUAGAAAAUGGUCCCUCUUACAGUCUGUAACUUUUUUUUUUUUUAAGAUUUCAGAUUAUUUUUGUGCAUUCUGCUCCCGCAUAGACACAUGAGCCCUUGCAUUUGUGUAUUUAUGUUACUUGAUUGAUUUGCCGAUGUGUCCUUGAGUGUGGUCCCUUGUUCCUGUGAUGAUACGUAGGCCUGCCCAACCAGGUCGACUCUCCAGCUGAGCAGCCAGUGGUUCCCAACAGGGUUGAGCUAUUGGGAUUUGUUGAUGUGUGUUUGUGAGUGGUCUGCAUUUCUUUGAUUGAAUGUGGUAUUGUAAUUAAAAUGAGCAUUUCUUCUUUACACAUUUCUGUUGCACUAUUAAGCUGCUCUGUUUGUGUUGGGCUGUCUGUCUGUCACUCCUUGUUUGAUGUGGGUAUUUGUUUGGUGCAAAAAAAGAUUUACAGUACUCGUUUUGACCAUAAACUUUGUAUAAUUUUUUAAAGAGUCCAGCAAUUUGUGAUUAAUUGUGACCAUUACUUCUCCCUUUCACUGUGAUGUUUGGUCUCUCCUGUCCUCAAAAUGUUUUGUGUACUUAAUUCCUGUUCUUAAACAGAUGUGUAUGGAAUGAAAUGACUUGAAUAUAAUAAAGAUAGCUUUAUUGA